ACUGCUUUAAAUACGCAAAAGGAUAAGCUACCGUGUUAUUUUACAGGCUCGGACCUAGACAACACACUCAGAAAGGAAAUAGAAAAUGCCGACCGAUAUUAUGAAAAGACUCAAAACAUAUUUUACGACACGUUAGGAGAACAUAAAAUUAUGUAUAAAGAUGCAGAAUGCCGCCCAGGAUUAGACUUUGGAUUCAAUGAUGCCUUUCUUUUUACCGACGUUCAAUUAAAAAACAUAAUUACAGAUCCAGGCUGUCCACCGCAUCCUGCUUUCCGUUUUGUCGCUUCCACUGUAAUCCCAGGUUUCCCACAUCGUAGUUAUGAAAUUGUCACUAAUGCUCCAAUCGAUGAAAUCUAUUCGGUGGUGUCUCAGCCUGUAGAUGAUGAGCAAACUACCGUGGCUACGAAUUACGAUGAUCAUGAUUUCGUAAUUUCCCAAAUUGUAAUGAAUGUUCGCACGACUUUAGCAUGUACAGCAAAGAGCACAUUGAUAUCCGUAAAAGCAAGUUGUUCUUCAAUGCCAUUUACAUCGGAUGGAUUUACAUGGAACGCCGCUGAGGUUCUCAACAUUAUUAUGAGCUUCAUUGAUUUGCUAUUGGUCCGAUAUCGGUAUAAAGCUGAUUACGCCAAACAUGAUCACGAAUUGCGCAGCCAUUUGCCGCUGCUUCUGACGGACGAGAAUCAAGAUGCUGAAUACAAUAAAAAUUUCUGUACAACACAGAAAAAGUGGUUGACUGGUUUUCGAAAUAUUGAAUCAAGUCAAUUGGAAAUCCGAAAAGGAAAUAUAGCCAAUCAAUGCAAAAAUCUAGUGAUGACGAACGGAUACGGAGUCUUUGCAUUAAUUGUCUUCAAGUUCAUAAAGAAUUAUGCUAAACGAUCUUCCCAAAAGGUUAGACUUCUGAAACAGGCUCGUCAAACCAAACAACUUUACGUGAAUGCAUAUAAAGAUAUCGUUUCAGUUGUUGUGAUUUUUGGAGCCAUUUUCACCAAUGAGAAAGGUGGAACCCUUGAAUUCAUGAAUUAUAUGGAUAAACGGAUUGCAUCAGCGGUGAAUUAUUGUCGGCCUGUUGAACGAGCGCCAUAUAUUGGUAAUCUACCUCGCUUUGAAUGUGUCUAA